UUAUUACUAUUUGUCAUUUUGAUGCCUUCAGUCAGGUACUCUAUCCUCCCAGCCAUUUCUUUGAGUAGGAUUAUAGAAUGUAUAAUAGUUGAGGGAUCAUUCAAUACAGAGCUCUUUACAGUAUUCAUUAAGGAUCUCCUAGUCAAAAUACAGCCAUUUCUAGCACCUAGGUCUGUAAUCAUUAUAGAUAAUUGUGUAAUCCAUAAAGCUCCUGGAAUUUGUGAACUCAUUAAGGCAAGGUAA